AUGUUUCUCCGGCGAAUUGCGCGGCCGUUGAUGAUGAUGGCCAAAGUGAAGGAGACUACAGGGAUCGUAGGCCUUGACGUUGUACCGAACGCGCGUGAAGUUCUGAUCGGACUGUACACCAAAACCCUAGAACAGAUCAAGGCGGUGCCUGAGGACGAAGGCUACCGCAAGGCCGUUGAGAGUUUCACGCGCCACCGGUUGAAGGUCUGUCAGGAGGAGGAGGAUUGGGAGGCGAUCGAGAAAAGGCUGGGAUGUGGACAGGUCGAAGAGUUGAUUGAGGAAGCUGAAGACGAGCUCAAGCUCAUUGGUCAUAUGAACGAAUGGAAGCCAUGGGGCAUUCCCGAUGAUUAUGAAUGUGAGGUUAUUGAGAACAAUGCCCCUGUCCCAAAGCAUGUCCCCCUGCAUCGACCUGGUCCACUUCCUGAGGAGUUCUACAAGACGCUUGAGGCUGUUGACACUGGCACUUUGAAUGCUGCAAUUUCAAGCUCAGAAAAGAAAAACCCCGAGAACUCUGGGGAAGUGCAAGCACAGUAG